GGUCUGAGAUAUUAUAUAUAAAUAUAUAGUAAAUACAACUGACAAGUCACCAAUUCACCACUUGUACCAGUCACCAGAUGUCUAGCCUCAGCACUAAAUACAUUAAAUUUAAUCCAUUUGUGGUUCCAGUUUUGAAACCUUAUCAAAAAUUGUCCUAGUUUUUAGUCCUUUCAUUUUACAAUUUGACCUAUAAAUUUAAAAUAAUUAAAUACUAUUGUUUUUGAACUCAGAAAAUAUGGAAAGUCAUAUUCCAAUUGAAAUCCAUGCUCAAAAACUAAGCGAAUGGUUAACGAGCAGAAAACACUGUAAAAAAGAUUGGCAUUCACACAUACAACCCAUAAGACAAAAAAUCAAUGAAGCUAUACAAGAUAUGCCUGAAAACAAUGAGAUUGUACAAUUAUUGGCUGGGACAUAUAUUAAUUAUUUCUACUGUAAACGUAUAAUUGAAAUAUUAAGAGAAACUGAAGCAGAUACAAAAAAUUUGUUUGGUUCUUAUGGCUCGCAAAGGAUGAAGGAUUGGUUAGAAAUCGAAAAGUUGUAUUUAAAAGACAAUGUUUACCUGGCUGAGGCUUGUGAUCUUCUUGUACAAAAUAUCAAGUUUCAUAUACCUGCAGUCAAGAAGCAAAUCGCUAAAUUACAGUCUGAACAAACUGACUGUGAUAAAAAGAUUGAAGAUUACACUAAAUCUAUUCAAACAUCUAAAAAAGAUUUGGAAACAUUGCGGAAACAGUUCUCUAUAGUUGAUGAUAACUGUAGUUUUAAACGCACUCUUAUAGGACGAUUAUGCGAACUUCAAAAAGUUUAUGAUGAUGUUAUAGAACAUGUGAAAAAUUUAAAAAAAGCCAAUACAUAUUUUUCUUUAUUUGUUGCAAAUAUUCUUGGUUCAGACAUAAAAUUAACAAUGCUUCAAUAUAUUUUAAACAAUGGAAAUUCUACUUAUUAUGAAUAUCUAUACGGAGAAAAACCAAGUAAAAUAGAAGAGCCUGUAUUAACAAUCGAAGAAGAUGUUAAAGAUACAACUGAUGAUGAAGAAAUUGAUUGGGGUGAUUUGGAGAAUCCAUCUGAGGACAUUGAUUAUGGUAUUUCUCUAGAAGAAAGUGGAAUAGUAGUUGAAAAUGUACAAACUGAUGGCAGCAUUGCCAGAGGCAAUGAAGCUUUGACUUUAUUAGAUAAUUUUAAAACAAAAAAUGAAUUUAUGAAUGAUAUUUUAGAAUUAGAAUCAUUUUUAAGUAUGCGAUUACUUGAAUUAUCAAAUGAAACAAACUCUACAUUAUCAGUCUAUUCUAGUGAAGAAAUUAAUGAAUCUAAACCUGAGAUUGCGUCCAUGUUGGACAUUAUUAAAGUAGUAAAACAAAAGCUGAAUGAUCCAGUUGUGCAACAUUUACAGCAAAUUAAACAUUCACCAAGAUAUUUAAAUAAACUGGAGUCAAUGUUUCUUCAAAAAAUCAACAAUAUUGAGAAAAUGGUUAAUUCUCAAAUAGCUGUUUCUAAUAAAAAAAAAGAGUUAGCUGAAGAAUAUAAUCAACUGGCUCCAAAGCUGAAGUUGAUUCAACAAAAAAAUAAGCAACUAAUAACUGAAAUUGAAUUUGAUAUAUCAAAAAAAUAUAAAAACCGUCCAGUGUACAUAAUUGGAACAUCAAUUUUUGGAUCAUAAUAAAAUUAAAUCAGUAAAACAACUACAAGUUGUAAGGUGACGUGGUUACAUACAUGGUUCAGCUAUUUACAUUAUACAAUUAGUAAGACAAAUUUAAAUGGAAAUUAUUUUUUUUUAUGUUUAUUGUUCAUAAUAAAGU